AUGGCAGCGACUGACCGAGCUGUCAACGAGACAUCCCCUUUGGUGGGAGCACGAACAACGGACGAUGCUGACGUGGACUCGAUGACCUUCGUGAACGGCUCAGGCAAUGAGGCGCCUCACGAUAUGCCAGAGACAAAGACCAGCUGGUAUCUGUUUAUCUUAACCCUGAGUAUUGGCGGGCUACAAGUUGUGUGGUCAGUCGAGCUGUCGAGUGGCUCGCCCUACCUUCUAUCACUGGGUAUGAGCAAAGCUCUUCUUGCCUUUGUAUGGAUUGCAGGUCCAAUAACUGGGACCUUGGUGCAGCCCUACAUUGGGAUUCGCAGUGACAACUGUCGCAUAUCUUGGGGUAAAAGAAAGCCCUUUAUGAUAGUUGGAGGCGCAGUUACGAUUGCGACUCUUCUCGGUCUUGCUUGGGUUAAAGAGUUUGUAGGAGGGUUUCUCGUGCUUUUUGGGGGAGAUCCCAAGUCAGAGGGGGCUAAUAUAGUAAUCGGGAUUGUGGCCACCAUGAUGAUGUGGUGUUUAGAUUUCGCAAUAAAUACUGUGCAAGCGGGAAUUCGGUGCUUCAUUGUGGACAACGCACCUGCGCACCAGCAGGAAUCUGCAAAUGCUUGGGCCAGCCGGAUGACUGGCGUGGGAAAUAUCAUUGGGUAUAUUUUUGGGUAUAUCAAUCUACCAAAGUUAUUCCCAUACCUGGGGAACACGCGAUUUCAGAUUCUUUGUGCUUUGGCAUCAAUAUCCCUCGCUGUGACGCUUUUGAUCAGCUGCUCGUACAUUCAGGAACGUGAUCCCCGCCUUGAUGGGCCCCCGCCAUCAGGAAGCAUGGGCGUUGUGGGCUUCUUCAAGCAAGUCUUCAAAUCAAUUAAACACCUGCCGCCUCAAGCCGCCAAGGUCUGCGAAGUGCAGAUUGCUGCGUGGAUAGCGUGGUUUCCAUUUCUCUUUUACGCAACAACCUACAUUGGUCAACUCUACGUCAACCCAAUCUUCGAAAAAAAUCCGGGCCUUUCGGACUCUGAUAUCGACAAAGCGUGGGAAGAUGCGACAAGGGUGGGGACAUUGGCUCUUCUUAUAUACGCCUUAGUCUCGUUUGUUGCUAAUAUAACCCUCCCUAUUUUCGUUGUCCCGACAUACAAACCUGUCCUUUCUAGUGACUCCAGCGAAGUGGACAUUCGACAAGAAGCAGAGCCGUGUCUGAGAGUCGAGAGGCAAUCGAGCUCGGAUAUCGAAGUAGGGCUUGUCGCGGAACUCCACCCAGAAGUCUUGCGCGACAAGGCACGGGGCUCAGCGGAAAGCAAGUCGUGGUCGUCGAAGUUGCAGAUUCCCGGUCUUACCUUGCGCCGAACUUGGCUUCUGUCGCAGAUCCUGUUUGCCUUGUGCAUGUUUAGCACAUUCUUCAUCACCUCUGUUACUGCUGCGACGGUAGUAGUUGGCCUAAUCGGUAUACCCUGGGCUUUGUCACUAUGGGCACCGUUUGCUCUAAUCUCUGCUGAGGUGGCGACUUUAGAAGAACAGCGCCGAAGCCGACGUCAGCGGUCAGAAUUGACGACCUUUGAUGAGCAGAUGUCACCUCAAAUUGAUCGCGAUGCAGCUGAUGAUAAUGAUGAUGAUGACGACGACGACGAUAAUGAUGACAAUGACGCAGAGACCGGCUCUUCAAGGUCUCCUAAAACACCGGGAGACGAGAACUCAGCACAGGCGGGUAUCGUCUUGGGGCUUCAUAAUGUAGCCGUGUCUGCGCCACAGGUUCUAUCGAGCUUGAUAUGCAGUGCUAUAUUUAGGGCAUCUCAGAAACCACGGGGGGAGCCGUAUGAUGAAAGUGUGGGAUGGGUCUUGCGAUUCGGUGGAUGUGCUGCACUUCUUGCGGCUUGGUUGACGAGCCGACUUUCGGAGGGGACGCCGAGGAAGAGAUAG